UUUCGUACGCGUGCGGUUGUUUAGACGCUUGUCGGGUUUCUUUUAUAUAUUUAAUAAAUUCGGUGUUUUUAUUUAAUUGUUUCUGUUCUGUUGUUGUUUUAUUUAUAAGAGCCCGGCAUUUUUUCAAUUUCUACGUUUUCGUAUUGUGUUUGGUGCCUUUUGUGUAGAAUUUUUUUGGGUUUUUGCUAAUUAAAUUUAAUUAAAAAAUUAGUUUGUUUAAACUAAAUAAAAUCUUCAUUUAAAUGGUGUCUCGUGUUGAUGAUGAUGUUUAUAUUUAAAGCAAACAUUUGUGGUGAAAAAAAGAAAUAAAUGCUCCUUGAAAUAAAACAACCGGUUCCUUUAAGAAAAAACUAAGGAACCAAGGAAAAAAAUUCCAAAAUAAAUUAAAGUGCGAAUGAAAUUUAAUAAAAAAACCAAGGAAAAACAAAAAAAAUUAUCAGUUGCAAAAGCAGAGCAAUAAAUUAAAUUUUGGUUUUCUUUUUUUAUAAAGAACUAAAAAAAGUUCUACCGUGUAUUUGUUUUAUUGUUUUUUGAUUAAAACAAACGAAAAAAAGUCAGUGUCGGCAAAAAUGUUGUGGAAUAAGAAUAAAAAAUAAAGUAAAUUGUGCAAAUUAUGAUUAUAAUUGUUGUUAUUGUGAUUACAACGAUGUUGAUGAUAAAGUUAAUUAUGUUUUGAUUAAGUGUAAUAAAUAAACAUUUAUCAUUAUCAUAAUUUAAAAAUAUAUAAAAACAACAAAUAAAUAACCAAUGUGUCAAUUACUAUUUGCAAAGAGAAAGAAUUCUUAACAAACAACAACAAAUAAAUGAAAAGAAAGAAAAACAGCUUAUUAGAAUAAAAAUAAUAAAACAACAAAAAAUACUCGUAAACUAGUGCCAAGAUCAGUGUCAGCAGUGUAUGAAUUGAAGAACAACAAAAAAAAAAAAAACGCACAAAAAAGAAUCAGCAACCAGCAAAUUUAUCAAUAACAACUAACCAAACGACAGCAGCAGCAAUACCAAGAACAACAUCAUCAUCAUCACAAACAGACUGACCACAUUGCGUGACAGUGCAUCAUGCAGCAUUAUUAGUUGUGUGUGUUGUUGUUGUUAUUUCGCAUUUUUUUAUUAUCACUGUAUUUCCCCACAUGUUCUUCAAUGCAUUCUUCCUAUUCGUCUGUCAUUACCACUACAAUUACUACAAUAACCACCAGCAGCAGCAAGAAAAACAGCAACACCAGCAGCUAUACGUUUAAAAUGCGUCGUUCCAGUUUAAGUCGUAAUCAUUAUUUUGUCAUUGGUCUGUUUUUGGGUUUGGUCUUGUCAUUUUAUGUUCCUCAAGACAUCUGGGAAUUGGUACAGCAAGAAGAAUGUCCACAACAGGUUGCUGAAAAUAGUUUAAUAGAAAAAUUUGGCCAGGAAUUCGAGCCACAUUUAAACUUGAUUAACAAACCGUUGGCAGCUAAAAAACCGGUAAAAAAUGUCAUUCGUCCCCGCUAUUAUUCCUCUGAAUUGGGUAUUCGUGAGAAAAUCUUUAUUGGUGUCAUGACAACCCAAGACAACAUCAAUACAUUAGCCACAGCAAUAAAUCGCACAACAGCUCAUCUAGUAAAUAAAAUAAAAUUCUUCAUUAAUGCCGAUAAUGUUAAAACCAAUUACAAAUUGAAGAAUAUUGUUGGUUUUACAGACACACGAGAAAAUCUGCGACCAUUCCAUGUCAUCAAAUACAUUGCAGAUAAUUAUCUAGACGAUUAUGAUUAUUUUCUAAUCAUACAAGACAACGUGUAUGUGGAUACACGAAAAUUGAAAGAGAUGUUGUAUCACAUGAGCAUAACAUUUGAUCUAUAUAUGGGAGCAACUGCUGAGAGCAGUUACAGUAGUUAUGGCGUCAACAACAAUGUGGGAAGAGAUGGGGUUAUGGCGGCGGCCGCUUUGUCUGGCAAUGUAAUUGAUGGUGAUAGUAAUGCUGGCGGUGUUGAUGCUGCCGCUGCUAAUAAUGAUGAGUUUCGUAUGUUAAGCGAUCGUAAUUACUGUGAUUUAAAUGCUGGCAUUUUAUUGAGCAGUAGUGUUAUACGCAAAAUGCGCAACAAUUUAGACUGGUGUGUACGGAAUGGCAUCACCAAUGUUCAUAGUAUUAACAUUGGUCGCUGUGUUAAAUAUUCUAGUAAUUUACCGGGUUGCCAGGAAAAGUUUCAGGGAAUUCAACAGAGGACGUACGCUUUGAAGACAAGUACAAAAUUAUUUAAAGAUUUAAAUUUAUUAGCUAAAGAUGAGGCAUUUCGUAAUGCCACCACAAUAUAUCCGGUUACAACAACUGAUGAUUUUUAUAGACUUCAUGCUUAUUUCUCAAAGUAUCAUUUAGAAAUUGUUCAUCUUAAUAGCGGAGAAUUGGAACAGAAAUCAUAUCGUAUUGCCAAUGGUACGAUAUCGAAUAAUAUCCUAGAAAUAAGAUGGCCCCUAGGCGUACCAUUGGCCAGUGCGCCCGAAACACGUCACGACAUUCUUAUGUGGCAUCUCAUAAAUCGCACUCAUAUAUUUUUACCAAAUGGUGAGAAUAAUAUCGAAACAUUAAGUACAAUUGAAUCUUUAGAUUUGAAUAAAGUGCUCGACAUAACCAUACAAUAUGCAAAAACAAAAUUUCCCACCAUGAUUAAUACGGGCAUACAUAGUAUCUAUAGAAGGUUUGAUGCUACGCGGGGUAUGGAUUAUCAAAUACAUUUAAAUAUGCGUGAUACGGGGAGAAUGUCGGCGCUGACACAGAGAAAUAGUAUUAUAAAAAGUUUUCAAAUUGUAAAACCUUUGGGACGGGUGGAAGUGGUGCCAUCUCCUUAUGUUACGGAAAGUACGCGUAUAGCUAUACUGGUGCCUACCUUUGAACAUCAAUUGGAGGAUGCUUUGGAUUUCAUAACACAAUAUGAAAAGAUAUGCAUGCACAAUCAGGAUAAUACAUUUUUAUUAAUGAUUUUUAUGUACCGUUAUGAUUCAUCUAGCAAAGGAGACACUGAUCCCUUUAAAUCUCUAAAAACUCUUGCCUUAGAUUUAUCUUCAAAAUAUAAAACAGAUGGUUCUCGCAUUGCUUGGGUAUCAAUACGUUUACCUUCGGCGUUAAGUGAUCCUAUACCUUCAGAAGAUGUUAUGCUCAACUCCUUAUAUGGCCACAAUGAAAUCUUAAGUGUAGCUGUAGCUGAUCUUGCCUUGCCAAAAAUUGGCUUAGAAAGUCUAGUGUUAAUGGCUUCAAAUUCUAUAACUUUCAAACCCGACUUUCUUAAUCGGGUGCGUAUGAAUACCAUACAAGGUUUUCAAGUAUAUUCUCCUGUAGGUUUCAUGAUGUAUCCUUGUAAAUUGGCUGGAUUCUGUAAAGAAUGUGAGUCAUGUGAUGUUAGUCAAAGUACGGGUUAUUUUGAUAAAUGGAAUUAUGAUGUUAUAUCGUUUUACAGUCGGGAUUAUGUGCAGGCUCGUAAACUAGUUGAAACAUCUUUGCCGAUUACUCGCACUGACAAUGAUAUCGAACAAUUGCUUACACGUGCUGAUAAAACAAUAAACAAUAUACUGGACAUGUUUGUAUCGUCACAGCUGCCGGUACACAUGUUGCGUGGCGUGGAGCCAAAUCUUCGCUAUGGUACGGCCAUAAAAAAUUUCAUUGAUAAAAAUUAUGAAAACAAUAACAUUGACAAUAAUAACAAUAACAUACCAAAGUGUAUGCUAAACGAUGAUGAACAAAAUAGUAUUGAUACGGCUGAUUAUGAUACAAACAGAAGGAGUGGUGCUAGUGAUAGCAGAAGUAGUCGUAUUGAACAACAUCGACAUAAGUGCAUACAUUUGGCAUCAAGAAAACAAAUAGGAGAUUCCAUAAUACGUUAUGAAGAUAAAAGUAUUAUACAUAAAUGAAAACUAACAACUUCAUUAACAUUAUCCAAAUAUAAAUAAACCACUCUCCCACUUUAAGUUUUAAUGUUUACUAUGAUAAUAGUGUUAUAAGAGUUUUUUUUUUUUUUUAAUUUUAAAUUAUUAUUUUUUUAAUUGUGAAGUAUUUUGAUAUUUUUUUUGUGUUAUUAUACUGUAUAGCGUGUAGUUAGGAAAUUUUAAAUACUAUUUUUUUAUUUUCUAUUGUUAUUUAUUUAUUUGUUGUAAAUAAUAUUUUGUGUAUGUAUUAGUGGUUAAGUUUAUCAAGGACUAUUGAAAUUUUUUUCUCUCUUAUUGUAAAAAUUGUGUUAAAAAUUGAAUUUUAUAAAAAAAUAAAUAAAUUUUUCUUAAAAAUUAUUUCAAAUUUGUAAACAAUUUGUUUUAGCAGGACUUAAUGCCAUAAAACAAACAAAAUAUUUAAAACAAGAAUUUUCUUAAAACGCAGUAUUGUUUUACUAUAAUUUGUGAAUAAUAGAUUUCAAGAAUUAUAAAGAUUUGAAAAAAUUAUUUCUUGCAUAAGUUUUUUUUUUUGCACUAAAUUAGACAUUUAUUUUUUUUAAGCAGUUCCUUUUUGUAUUUAUAACGAAAUUAAAACUUAUUUCUUAUAAAGUAGCCAACGAAGUUAUUUUAAUGCUCAAUUUAGAAUGUCAAAAUGUAUAUGUAAAUAUAUAUUCUAGCUAGAUAUUUAAUUAUAUCACACCAUACACACACCCACUUUUGUUUGCCAAAAUCUUGCUUGUAAACAUACAAAUUAUUCCUAUAGUUUUAGUUAAUUUUUCUAAGUCCUUUAAAUUUUUUAAUUUAUAUUUGUUGUAUUUAAACUUGGUCUGUGUUUGUAAAAUGAUUCCAUGAUAAAUUUGGUUUUAUAUUAAGGAAAAUCUACAUCAAAAUAUUAAACUAUUUUAAACUUAUGACUGCCUUAGAUGUUACUACUACCUCUCUAUCAUUUUUAUUAUUAUAAUUUUCGUAGUCAUUUAAUUCUCAUUAAGUUUAUUAUUUAACUAUACAUGCAAAUUAAAUAUUAAUUUACAUUAUUUUUGUAAAAUUGCCAAAGGUUUAAGAAACAACUUUUAUAUUAGACAAGUUUACUAAAUACAGAAAUAAAUCAAUAAAAAAAAACAGAAAUAAUGUACUGUAAAUCCUAUGAAAUUGAUAGAAAAAUUAUUAUUAUGCCAUUUACUUGCUGAUAUAAUUGUUUACUUUAUAGUAAGUACGUUUAUAGUAAUAAAUUUAUACACUAAAAA